CAACUUAAGCGCGACUGGAUUCAAUUUGUCACUGCUGCCAGCAACUCGCUCGACGAUGGCAGCGGAGCCGGAGGAGCAGCAUGACGCGACGGUGCAGGGCCGCGUGACGGGUAUUAUUUACCCUCCACCGGACAUCCGCGCCGUUGUGGACAAGACGGCGCAGUUUGUAGCCAACAAUGGUCGCGCGUUUGAGAGCCGCAUCGUGGGCGAGCGCAUGUCGGCCAAGUUCUCGUUCCUGCGCGAGUCGGAUCCGUACCAUGCCUACUACGAGCACAAGGUGAGCGAGUUCAUCGCCAAGAAGGACGAGCUGCCUCCAGCUCCCGAGUCCCAACAACAGGAACAGGAACAGGCAGCAGAGCAGCAGCAGGAGAAGGCACAGGAGAUCGUCAAGGAGAUGGAGACCACUGGCGACGUGGUCGUGGAGAAGAAAGCGGUGCAGGAUGUCACGGCACAAGUAGCCAAGAAGAUUAAAGGCAAGGAACUGGAGCCGCCGCCCGAGGAGAAAUUUAUCAUCAAACACCCGACACUCAGCGCGCUGGACCAGGAGAUCAUGUACCUUACGGCACAAUACACGGCGCUAAGUGGCAGCUCAUUCCUGUCAGGUCUUGCCACACGUGAGCAGCGCAACCCACAAUUUGACUUUUUAAAGCCAACCCACCCUCUAUUUGCCUACUUUACGGCACUCGUUGAGAGCUACACACUCGUCCUCGCCAAGCAGGAUGCCCAGAUGAAGCGGAUUGAGGAGGGGAUGGGGCGCAUGAAGGUGUUGGAUAGAUGCGUCCACCGAAUGGAGUGGCAGCGAACGGAGCAGGAACGCAAGGACAAGGAAGCAGCGGAGAGUGAUGCUGAGCGUCGGGCACUAGCGCAGAUUGACUGGCAUGACUUUGUGGUCGUGGAGACGAUUAAUUUUGAUGACGACGACGAUUUGGGUGCUUCUGCUACUGUUGGAGAAAGUGAGGCGAAGGGAUCGGAUGACGAUAUGGACAUGGAGGAAGACGAUGACGACGAGCCGAAGCCGGAGAUUAAGGUGGUCGAGGACUACGUGCCACAAGCCACAGCGGCGACAGCGCAGCAACCGUUACUGAGCGUGGAUGGCAAGACUCUGUCAUCUGCUGAGGCCAACGAGCAUAUGCGCAUUCUGUUGAUGAACCCGAAAUGGCGCGAGGAAACGCAGCGUCACUUAGAGAAGCAGAAGGAGAGCUCAUACGCGGCAGGAUCGGCGAUCGCAGACUCCCUACGACGCUUUGCAACGAAGCGUGCAGAUAUCUUUGCGUCUUCAGCUGAAGAAGAAGCGCGCUUGAUGAAAGCGACUACAGCGCCAACUGUUGCAGAGCCACAACAUCAGCAACAACAGCAACAACAGGAGGACGGCAUGGAGGAAGACUCCGACGAGGAAGAAAAAACGGUCCCUUCUUCAGACACUUUUCAAGGUCAACAGGUUCCGAUGUCCACUGAAUUCACGGACCUUGGACAGAUGCCAACAAGUACACUACUUUCUCAGCCAACACCAGCAAUGUCGGCCCCAAUGGCUUCGGCUCCGAUGAUGAUGCCGCCUGGUGUAGUACCGCUCGGGAUGGGAGCUUCCAUGCCAACUCAUGGUAUGGUGCCUGGUAUGAUGCCUCCGAAUGCUGGUUCUCCUGGUUUGGUUCCCCCGCACAUGCAAGCAUUAGGCUCUAUGCCGCCGGGAAUGAGCAGUGGUCCACCCGGCAUCGCUGCCGGUCCUCCUGGCGUUUCGGGGCCUCCAGGCGAAGAUCUUGAACCAGCAGCAAAGAGGCAGCGUACUGGCGGGUCGUCACUGAUGCCGGAAAAGGAGUUUGCUUCACGACAUCCGGGAAUGGUUCGAUUGGUUGUCAAGGUUCCAAACGAUCCAGACAACGCUCAGUGGAAGCUGGAGGGGCAGACGCUGACGGUGGAGCUAGACGUGAAGGAUAACAUGCGGACACUCAAGCAGAAGCUGAUGGCCGAUUUGAACAUGCCGGUGAACAAGCAGCAGCUCAAGUUCUCGAUGGGUUUCGUCAAGGAUGCCCUCACAUGCGCGCACUACAAUUUCAUAAACGACACAGUACUCGAGCUCAGUGUUCGCCAGCGUGGUGGUAGGCGGUAGAGACGCGGUCAGAGCGGAUCAGUUGGGCUCAGGCAAGUUUAGUUGCCUUUUCUUUAGAUUCACGGACGAUUCAACAGUACUGUAGCAGCACACGCACAUGUACUCCAAUCCGAAAAGCGUGAACACCGCAAUUCUGUUGCAAUAUUACUUCAAGUACCACACAACAGAACUGGCGCUGGGAAAAUAUACCUGACAUGACAACAGCGCUGGACAGUUAUUGAC